CCACCUUUCAUCAAACUUCGUUUUCACCAUCAAUGCUCUCAAUCAAUAAUACAUAUUUUGGUUUAUAAUAGCAAUCAAACAAAGCGGUUAUUGAAUAUUAGCGAUAAACCGAAUAUUAUUCAUCUAAACUAAGUGAUAUAAAACGGUUAUUAAAUGCUCUAAUGAAAACCAUUUAUUACACCUCUUUUAUAUUCAGUUAGUUGUAGUAGUUGUAGUUGUUUGAACCUCAACUAAACUAAACCCAAUUUCACUUUCUUUAGCAAUGGCAACUCACAAACUCGCGUUGAUCAUUACGAAUCCUUCAAACGAAAACGAGUUUCUACUCGUGAAGCAGUCACGUCCUCCCAAAUUCAACGACGAAGAAUACGAUUCUUUCGUUGAUUCUGAUCUCUGGGACUUGCCUUCCGUGCAGUUGAAUCCACUUCAACCAGAAUCGGAACCCUCGGUUGAGGUUAAGAUUUCUGAUUCACGUUCAGAGGAGUUCGAUUUCAGGGAAUUCGAUGUCCGUUCUGCUCUUAACGAGGUGUUUGGACAAUUAGGGUUUGGGACGGUUGAAGGGGGAGUGUGGAAGUUUCAUAAGUAUGUGAAGGAAGCGGCAUUCGGACCUGGUUUGCCUGUUAACACGGUUUUUAUUGUUGGGAAACUAGUAGAUGAGGCCAAGGAGUUAUCAGAUACGUUUAAAUGGAUGUCCAUUCAAAGCUGUCUUAACUGGCUUCUGGAAGUGAUUCCACAUGGUGAUCGUAUUGGACCAUUGAUAGCUGUUGGUCUUAUAAAUGACUCGCCUGUUUCUGCAAACCGGAAAGUCCCUCCUGCCAUCAACUACCAGGAGUACCCGACUGGUGUUAUACUUAUUCCUAUGGGAAGUAGGACAGCUAGGCCUUUUCAAACAACAAAUUUGGUGGUGUUUGCACCUGAGAAUGUUCCAAAUGCUUCCAAGGAUAAUACAUACAUUGCUUCUGGAGACGCACUAAUAGUUGAUCCAGGAUGUUUGUCAGAAUUCCAUGGAGAGCUAAAGAAAAUUGUUACUGCUUUGCCAAGAAGACUAGUGGUCUUUGUUACCCAUCAUCAUCGAGACCAUGUAGAUGGUCUCGCGGUUAUACAGAAGUACAAUCCUGAUGCAAUUUUAUUAGCGCAUGAGAAUACCAUGCGACGCUUAAGUAAAGGUGAUUGGUCACUCGGCUAUACCUCGGUUUCUGGAGAUGAAGAUAUUUACAUUGGUGGUCAGAAAUUGAAAGUUAUUUUUGCACCGGGACAUACAGAUGGCCAUAUGGCAUUGCUUCAUGUGAAUACACAUUCCUUAAUCGUAGGUGAUCAUUGUGUGGGUCAGGGAAGUGCUCUCUUGGACAUAAGUGCGGGUGGAAAUAUGUCUGAAUAUUUCCAAACCACAUACAAAUUUCUGGAGCUUUCACCCCAUGCUUUGAUACCUAUGCAUGGGAGACUUAAUGUCUGGCCAAAGCAGAUGUUGUGCGAAUAUUUAAAGAACCGUAGGAGUAGAGAAGCUAAUAUCUUAAAAGCUAUUGAAGGUGGAGCAAAGACAUUGUUUGACAUUGUUGCAUAUGUAUAUUCUAAUGUUGACCGACGUGCCUGGAUUGCUGCAUCAUCAAAUGUGAGGCUUCAUGUGGAUCAUCUUGCCGAGCAACAUAAAUUACCAAAGGAUUUCUCUCUAGAAACUUUCAAUGCCAGUAUCAAUGAAUUUGGUGACAUGUUGGGUAAAUUAUAGAUGUGUACAGUACAGCUGCACUGGCUGGCUCACUGAGAAAUUUGUAGCUCUAUCCUCAAAGUCCAUUGUAUCAGGAACUGCAUGCAAUAGUUGUGUCAAUAUAUAUAGCUUGUACAAAGGAAUUACUUGUAAGAUUGGAUGUUAUAUCUUAUCGAAACUGACCGAACAUGCUGCAUCUACCUUAGGAUUUUUCAAUCCGGAAUUUCAAAAACACCUGCGGGCUGCAUUUUCUAUCUCGAUGGAUAUGGGGCUACACUAGUUGCAGCUUACAUUCAAGGAAAUCUUCAUUUCUUAUUGCUGGUGUUCUUGUUGGCUUUGCUGUAUUAGU